AUGCCUUUUGUAUUUUCUCCCUUUUCUGUAUACUCUUUCUUUUCCCUGGCUUUUUCAACUAUGCCUUAUUUGUGCACUUAUUUCCCUUUUGUAUUUUUGUCCUUUUUCUGUAUACUCUUUCUUUUCCCUCGCUUUUUCAACUAUGCCUUAUUUGUGCUCUUAUUUGCCUUUUGUAUUUUCUCCUUUGUCUGUAUACUCUUUCUUUUCCCUCGCUUUUUCAACUAUGCCUUAUUUGUGCUCUUAUUUGCUUUUUGUAUUUACUCCUUUGUCUGUAUACUCUUUCUUUUCCCUCGCUUUUUCAACUAUGCCUUAUUUGUGCUCUUAUUUGCCUUUUGUAUUUUCUCCUUUGUCUGUAUACUCUUUCCUUUCCCUCGCUUUUUCAACUAUGACCUAUUUGUGCUCUUAUUUGCCUUUUGUAUUUUCUCCUUUGUCUGUAUACUCUUUCUUUUCCCUCGCUUUGUCAACUAUGCCUUAUUUGUGCUCUUAUUUGCCUUUUGUAUUUUCUCUUUUGUCUGUAUACUCUUUCUUUUCCUUCGCUUUUUCAACUAUGCCUUAUUUGUGCUCUUAUUUGACUUUUGUAUAUUCUACUUUGUCUGUAUACUCUUUCUUUUCCCUCGCUUUGUCAACUAUGCCUUAUUUGUGCUCUUAUUUGCCUUUUGUAUUUUUUCCUUUGUCUGUAUACUCUUUCUUUUCCCUCGCUUUUUCAACUAUGCCUUAUUUGUGCUCUUAUUUGCCUUUUGUAUUUUCUCUUUUGUCUGUAUACUCUUUCUUUUCCCUCGCUUUUUGAACUAUGCCUUAUUUGUGCUCUUAUAUGCGUUUUGUAUUUUCUCCUUUGUCUGUAUUCUUUUUCUUUUCCCUCGCUUUUUCAACUAUGCCUUAUUUGUGCUCUUAUUUGCCUUUUGUAUUUUCUCCUUUGUCUGUAUAUUCUUUCUUUUCCCUUGCUUUUUCAACUAUGCCUUAUUUGUUCUCUUAUUUGCCUUUUGUAUUUUCUCCUUUGUCUGUAUACUCUUUCUUUUCCCUUGCUUUUUCAACUAUGCCUUAUUUGUGCUCUUAUUGGCCUUUUGUAUUUUCUCCUUUGUCUGUAUACUCUUUCUUUUCCCUCUCUUUUUCAACUAUGCUUUAUUUGUGCUCUUAUUUGUCUUUUGUAUUUUCUCCUUUGUCUGUAUACUCUUUCUUUUCACUCGCUUUUCCAACUAUGCCUUAUUUGUGCUCUUAUUUGCCUUUUGUAUUUUUGUCUUUUUUCUGUAUACUCUUUCUCUUCCCUCGCUUUUUGAACUAUGCCUUAUUUGUUCUCUUAUUUGCCUUUUGUAUUUUCUCCUUUGUCUGUAUAAUCUUUCUUUUCCCUUGCUUUUUCAACUAUGCCUUAUUUGUUCUCUUAUUUGCCUUUUGUAUUUUUCUCCUUUUUCUCUAUACUCUUUCUUUACACUCGCUUUUUUAACUAUGCCUUACUAG